AUGUCUGGCACACUCACGAGGACUGACACAACAAGACCUCCCUCACCCAUCGAUAUCUGUCCUACUCGCAAUGGCGACCCUUUAGCCAUUAAUGUGACUAUUAGGCAAGACCCUCUGUCUGUGACAUUGGAUGGGCCCGCUAUCUUCUUCAUUGCUAUCUUGCUGAUUCUCAGCACUCAAUUGCUGCGGCCUUCGACCGUAGCAUUUCUCAUCAGUGUAUUUACAGUCGUUGUGUUCGCCCACAAUGAUUACCAGAACUAUUUAAAGCUCGGCCCCGGAGGUACGCCAGCGACAUUUGCCGGCUACAUUCGAAUCAACUGGUUUAAACUUUGGGCCUGUCGGGAUCCUUUCACCCCUCUUCCAGCAGAUCCAGAUGUGCAGCCAGCCGCUGGAAUCCUCCGCGAGAAACCGCUUCCUUACCGUUGCGGGCUGCGACCUAAAGUCGUCGGGAUCGCGCCGCAACGGCAGGUCGACCAGUUUGGUUCUCGGGACUGCUACCUUAUUCUACGGCGUAUCUUGGAAUCUCAUAGUUGUAACAAUCCGGAGGAAGUGGGCAUCGGCACAUCUUGCUUUGAAAAGCACGGCUUGGCCCUAUUCUCUCGAUAUCCUUUCAACAAGACCUGCCAGGGUGAGAUCUGCCACGUGCAUAACUCGGAUUACUCGAUGCAUCUAAACCUGCACCCGGAAGAUGUGAAGGAGGUUAUCGAGAAAGGCUGGGGUCAACGACAUCCCUUGACGAGCCAGUGUUUUCUGAAGAUGCCUGUUCCUAAACAAUUCACCAUGGUAUACGCUCCACGAUCGAUGGAUGAGCUGAAAGUUGUGUGUCAGAUCAUUGAAGCUGCAGGCUGGUGGGUUAGUGCAAAGGAAAUGAAGCUGAACGCGGUGGGAGAGAAAUGA